UAGAAAACAGAUCCUGCUUCUGCCUGCUACACCUCGCUUUCAGCACCAAGGACAGAGCCUCUAAAGGGCUAACCCCAGCACAGAUCAGUUCAGGAUCCCUCCCAAAUCCUCUAGAGGAAACGCAUGGAUUUGAAAGCAGCUAUGAAGCAUGCAGUAAGGUCUAAUAGGAAAGCUGUAAGAGCAGCCCACAAGUGAUUUCACCUUAGAGGCAAAAAUGGGUGAUUUUCUUUCUGUUCAUUUCCACAGUUUCGGUGUCCUUGGAAAGGCAAAGUUUGCUUUGUUUGGGCAUGUCUGCUGUCAGUAAGUGAAGGCAGCCACUGAGGUGCUAAACUCCACAGUCUCCAGAAAUCAGAAGAAAUUUUCAGGGAAACCCACAGGGGUCACUAUUCUCCCUCUGGGCUAUGGCGCCUCUGAGCCAGUUGAGCAGCCAGAUCAACUCCACCUGUGGGGCAGAGAACUCCACAGGGGCCAGCCGGGCCCGCCCGCACACCUACUACGCACUCUCCUACUGCGCACUGAUCCUGGCCAUCAUCUUCGGCAACGGUCUGGUGUGUGUGGCAGUGUUGAAGGAACGGGCUUUGCAGACCACCACCAACUACCUGGUGGUGAGCUUGGCCGUGGCUGACCUGCUGGUGGCCACCUUGGUGAUGCCCUGGGUGGUGUACCUGGAGGUGACAGGUGGAGUCUGGAACUUCAGCCGCGUUUGCUGUGAUGUAUUUGUCACCCUGGACGUCAUGAUGUGUACGGCCAGCAUCCUGAACCUCUGCGCCAUCAGUAUCGACAGGUACACCGCGGUGGUCAUGCCGGUUCAUUAUCAACACGGCACGGGACAGAGCUCCUGUCGGCGCGUGGCCCUCAUGAUCACAGCUGUCUGGGUGCUGGCCUUUGCUGUCUCCUGCCCUCUCCUCUUUGGCCUCAACACCACAGGAGACCCCAGUGUCUGCUCCAUCUCCAACCCUGAUUUUGUCAUCUACUCUUCAGUGGUGUCCUUCUACCUACCCUUCGGAGUGACUGUCCUCGUCUACACCAGGAUCUACAUGGUGCUAAGACAGAGGAGACGGAAACGGAUCCUCACUCGACAGAACAGUCAGUGCAUCAGUGUCAGACCGGGCUUCCCUCAACAGUCUUCCUGUCUGAGGCUGCACCCCAUUCGGCAGUUUUCAAUAAGGGACAGAAUUCCAUCAGAUGCCACUGGACAAAUGGAACAUGCAGAAGAUAAACAGUGUCCCCAAAAAUGUCAGGAUCCUCUCUUGUCCCACCUACAGCCACUCUCCCCUAGUCAGGCACACAUGGAGCUGAAACGUUACUACAGCAUCUGCCAAGAUACUGCCUUGGGGCGACCCGGAUUCCAAGAGGCCGGGGGAGAGUUGAAGAGGGAGGGGAGGACUCGGAACUCCCUCAGCCCCACCAUGGCACCCAAGCUCAGCUUAGAGGUUCGAAAACUCAGUAAUGGCAGGUUGUCAACAUCUCUAAAGCUGGGGCCCUUGCAGCCUCGUGGAGUGCCACUUCGGGAGAAGAAGGCAACCCAGAUGCUGGCAAUCGUGCUUGGGGCCUUCAUUGUCUGCUGGCUGCCCUUCUUUUUGACCCACGUUCUCAAUACUCACUGCCAAGCCUGCCAUGUGUCCCCAGAGCUUUACAGCGCCACCACGUGGCUGGGCUACGUGAACAGUGCCCUCAACCCCGUGAUCUAUACCACCUUCAAUGUCGAGUUCCGUAAAGCCUUCCUCAAGAUCCUGUCUUGCUGAAGGAGAGGAGAAUGGACUCCCUGUGCCCACCCUUAGCUGACAGGCCAUGAGGCCAUCGGCCAGGGCCCGCUCAGAACGACAGUGCUGUGUUCUGUGGCGUGAGAUAGGAAGAAGACUCCCGGAGCCAGGACCUCCCUGAGUGGCAGGUUUAACCAACUGCUUCUUCCUAAACAGAAUGUUCUAACUCCCCAGCUAAAAUCUGACUCCAUCCUGGCAAUCUUCAAGUGGUUGGGAGGUCCCUGAAUGACAAGCAAUAAUUCAGAAAGAAGCUCG